CCCGUUUUGGGACUAGCUCCACAGCGUCCGAUCAACAACCAAGAAAGGCGCGAGGUGAUCCGUGAUCUUGCCCUCUUACGCGAAAACUACUUAAUUUGCAUCUCCCCCGCCAACGCUCGUCUCUCAACUCUCCAUCAACAAACUUCUGCUCUUCCAUCGAUUACUACCACCCACACGUCGGGAUACCCUCGCCUCAAUCACACUCUCAAUCUACCCUUUUUCCAAAACAACAACAUCCAUCAAAAUGACUGGCGGCGGCAAGUCCGGUGGCAAGGCUAGCGGCUCCAAGAACGCGCAAUCCCGUUCCUCCAAGGCCGGUCUGGCUUUCCCCGUCGGCCGUGUCCACCGUCUCCUCCGGAAGGGUAACUACGCUCAGCGUGUCGGUGCCGGCGCACCCGUCUACCUGGCCGCCGUUCUCGAGUACCUCGCUGCUGAGAUUCUCGAGCUCGCUGGCAACGCUGCGCGCGACAACAAGAAAACCCGUAUCAUUCCCCGCCACCUCCAGCUCGCCAUCCGGAACGAUGAGGAGUUGAACAAGCUGCUCGGCCACGUCACCAUUGCCCAGGGCGGUGUCCUUCCCAACAUUCACCAGAACCUUCUGCCCAAGAAGACAGGCAAGACUGGCAAGAACUUGUCUCAGGAGCUUUGAUUUUUUUCGGGUUUGGUUCUUUGCUUUUUCUCUGGUCGGUACGUUGGGUUCAUGAUAUUGGGGUCACGGUCUCGGGUCAUCGGUUGCGUUUUCGCGGUUCUCGCGUGUUUGGGCUGUACAUUAAUUCCAUGAUGGGCAUGGUCAUGGUCAUGAAUGAGAAUAUCCUCCGAACAUCCACUUCUGGUUUUCAAUUGCGGCAUCAACCGGGCUUGUGUCUGCCGCAAAAAAUGACAACAGUGUGUGUCCCGUGAGCUGUCCCAAAGUCUCAGACUGGACUUGUGCCCACGAUCUAUGGAUGAGGAUAUUGCGUUGAAGGUCGAGCGUCAAGAAUCACGAAAUAGGGCAG